CGCUCACGCGCGCUCGGGGCCGAGCGGAGCCUGGCGGGCGCCCGCUGCUUGUGCGAGCCGGGCCUGCUGCGGGCCGACCAGCUCGCCGCCAAGCUUUGCUCUUUUAUUUGGGGUUUGCAGCUGUGCGGAGCCGCCCGGACUGCAGCGUUGGAAGCUGAAGGAGCCCAAAGGUAGAAGUGGGUCUCCAUUCUGCAUCCGACUGAUGAAGAAACUGAGUCCACAGAGCUAAAGUGACUUCGUCCAAGGUCUCCCAGGUGUGCCCCCUUUCCAAGUGGGGCCAUGCUCACGUUCAUGGCCUCUGACAGCGAGGAAGAAGCUUGUGAUGAGCGGACAUCCCUGAUGUCGGCCGAGAGCCCCUCACCACGCUCCUGUCGAGAGAGCCAGCGAGGCGAGGAGGACCAGGAGAACGCAGCUCAGUGGAGGAGCCAGGAGAAUGAGGAGGAUGUCGAGGAUGACGCUGACCAGUACAUCUGCAGCGGGGUCCCUGGGCGGCCCCCGGGCCUGGAGGAGGAGCUGACCCUGAAGUACGGGGCGAAGCACGUGAUCAUGCUCUUUGUGCCCGUCACGCUGUGCAUGGUCGUGGUGGUGGCCACCAUCAAGUCUGUGCGCUUCUACACGGAGAAGAAUGGUCAGCUCAUCUACACACCAUUCACUGAGGACACGCCCUCUGUGGGCCAGCGCCUGCUGAACUCCGUGCUGAACACCCUCAUCAUGAUCAGCGUCAUUGUGGUCAUGACCAUCUUCCUGGUGCUGCUGUACAAGUACCGCUGCUACAAGUUCAUCCAUGGCUGGCUGAUCAUGUCCUCCCUGAUGUUGCUGUUCCUGUUCACCUACAUCUACCUCGGGGAAGUGCUCAAGACCUACAACGUGGCCAUGGACUACCCCACACUCUUCCUGACCGUGUGGAACUUCGGGGCAGUGGGCAUGGUGUGCAUCCACUGGAAGGGCCCCCUGGUGCUGCAGCAGGCCUACCUCAUCAUGAUCAGCGCCCUCAUGGCCCUGGUGUUCAUUAAGUACCUCCCCGAGUGGUCUGCGUGGGUCAUCCUGGGUGCCAUCUCUGUGUAUGAUCUUGUGGCAGUGCUAUGCCCCAAAGGGCCACUGAGGAUGCUGGUGGAAACCGCCCAGGAGAGGAACGAGCCCAUCUUUCCUGCCCUGAUAUACUCCUCUGCCAUGGUGUGGACGGUGGGCAUGGCCAAGCUGGACCCGUCCUCACAGGGUGCCCUGCAGCUUCCCUACGACCCAGAGAUGGAAGAAGACUCCUACGACAGCUUUGGGGAACCCUCAUACCCCGACGUCUUUGAGCCCACCUUGCCUGGCUAUCCUGGGGAGGAGCUGGAGGAAGAGGAGGAAAGGGGUGUGAAGCUUGGCCUGGGUGACUUCAUCUUCUACAGUGUGCUGGUGGGCAAGGCGGCGGCCACGGGCAAUGGGGACUGGAAUACCACGCUGGCCUGCUUCGUGGCCAUACUCAUCGGCUUGUGUCUCACGCUUCUGCUGCUCGCGGUGUUCAAGAAAGCGCUGCCCGCGCUCCCCAUCUCCAUCACCUUCGGGCUCAUCUUCUACUUCUCCACUGACAACCUGGUGAGGCCCUUCAUGGACACCUUGGCCUCCCAUCAGCUCUACAUCUGACGGGAAUGCUGCACAGGACCCCGCUGUGUAGUUUACACUCUAGUGCCAUAUAUUUUUAAGACUUUCCUUACAGAAAUAAAAAGAUACUGUGUUUACUUCGUGA